AUGGAGACGGUUACGAGUUCAUCUUUCAAUGCCGAAUCCAUUGAAGAACUUGCAGUUUCUUUCGAUCAUAAAGCUAAAAUCCACGAUGUUGAUGGUCUAAUAAUGGCGGAUAUACCUGAUGAAUUCGAAGUAGAGUUCACAAACAGAGCUGAAGACGACGACGAUGAAGAAGAAGAACAUGAAGAUGAGUUUUCAUUUUCAUUUGUUGAAUUCGGUUCAUCUCCAAUUUCAGCUGACGAAGCCUUCCAGGACGGUCAGAUCCGAACUUCUUUUCCCUUAUUCGAAACAGAUUGUUCAUCUAAUCGAAACGAUUUACCUCACCGUCCGUCUGUACAGAAAUUGUUCAUCGAAAUCGAUGAUUCGAUUUCAAUUUCUCCACAUCGACAUCGUCUAGCAACAUCAUCAUCAUCAUCGUCUUCGGAUGACAUUUCCGGUAAUAAUGAAUCAUCUUCUAUUCCAUUCGAUGCGUGGUCAGGGAAAGCAGUUGAAGCAUCUCCUAAAACAUGUAAGAAGAGUAAUUCAACGGGAUUCUCAAAGCUAUGGAGAUUUAAUAAACUUCUCAAAAGGUGUAACAGCGAAGGUGAGGACGCUUAUGUUUUCAUCAAUAAUAAUGGAUCGGCGUCGAGUUCGAAGAAAGACGUGAAAACUGCUGCUGGUACACCAUCGGAGGUAAUCAAAGUAAAGGCGACGAAAUCAUCAUUGAGUAAAUCUGAAGCAAUAAAAGCUCAUGAACAUUACUUGAAAAGCAAAGAAGAUGAUCGACGGAAGUCCUAUUUGCCUUACCGGCCGAAGAUUUUAGGGUUCUUCACCAAUAUCCAUGGCGGUUUAACCAGAAACGUACAUCCUUUUUGA